AUGCUUCCCGGAGACAGGGUUCCGAUUGUAUCGGCGAAUGCCAUAAAAACAUUUCUCAUCAUCACUUUAGCUUGUCGCUUCAUCUAUCGUGCGGCCAUCUACCCGCGAUUCGUUAGCACCCUGAGACAUUAUCCUACAGCGCCUGUUGGAAUCCCUUUCAUCGGUCAGGGAUUCGCCCAGUUUUCACACCCACGUGGCGCUGCAUUUCUUGAAUUAAUGAAGACGAUCCCUAAUUCUGGCGUGAUUCGGUACUUCAGCUUCUUCAACACGGAGUACCUGCUAUUGACCAACUCGGAAGCUUUGUCUGAAGUUCUCGUUCGGCGGCCAUACGACUUUGAAAAGUCUCCAGCAGCCCGAAAUCUUAUUCGUCGAUUUACUGGCUCCAAGCUCCUCACUGCUGAAGGUGAAGAACACAAACACGUCAGAAAGUCCAUGCGUCCAGCUUUCCAUUUCCGCAAGAUAAAAGAUUUGUACCCCGUCUUCUGGGCCAAAGCUACUGCAAUGACCGAUGAUAUACAAGGCUGUGCUCAGCCUGGUGGAAAUGGAACUGUCACGGGAAACAUCACUACUUGGGUUGAGAAGGCCAUGCUAAACACAAUUGGCCGUUCUGUGUUUGGAGUGGACGUGGAUGACGAGGAAUCCAGAAACAAACUGCUGAAGCUCUUCGCAACUGGCGGAAGCACAGGUUGGGACUUGCAAUUAGUUUUCAUGGUGUCGGCAUUUCUCCCCCGCUGGACCUUGAAAUUCAUUCCCGGAGGUAUCAAUAAGCGCAUUGACGAAGCCCACGCCGGCGCCCAAAUGGCAUGCGAAGCACUUCUCAACGAGCGGAAGAAAAGCCCCCAAACAGAGGACCAGAAAGACAUCCUUGGCCAGUUUAUCGAAAGUAAAUCCUUCACCGACGAAGAGCUUAAGGACCAAAUCCCUUCGCUCUUAGCCGCAGGGUUUGAACCAACUUCUGCUGCGUUUGCUUGGGUAGUCUGGUACUUGAUUCAGCAUCCAAACUGGCAAACCCAGCUGCGGGACGAAAUCAAAGCGAACAUCCCGUACCGGUUUCUGACGGAAAGUCCGGCGGAAUUUGACCCUAAAGUUCUUGACAGUCUGCCUAUUCUAAAUGCUGUUUGCAAUGAAUCAUUCCGGUUCAUGCCUACUUCGCCAGUAAUCUCGCGCCAAGCCAGGUGCGAAACAACCAUCCUCGGACAAAGGGUGCCUAAAGGUACAAGGCUCCUUCUCACUCCCUACGCAAUCAACCACUUUGAAGAAUCGUAUGGUCCUACGGCGGGGACAUUUGAUCCUGGUCGAUGGUUGAACGAUAACGGUACAGCAAACAACAGCGGAGGUGCGCAGAGCAACUAUGCCUUUUUGACAUUUCUUCAUGGGCCGCGAAAGUGCAUCGGGGACUUGUACGCGAAAGCUACUGUACGAGCAUUUGUCGCAUCCUUAGUUGGUCGAUUCGAGUUCGAAAUGGCUCGGGAAGGAGAUGUUCCCAUGCCAGGUGGUAUGUUGACAGUCAAGCCGAAAGGGGGAAUUGAGAUAAAGUUACGGCCAGUGAACCCUUGGUAA